CAGGUGUACAGGCUCCUCCCCUUCAGUCUUGCACAGGUGUACCGACUCCUCCCCUCCAGUCUUGCACAGGUGUACCGGCUCCUCCCCUCCAGUCUUGCACAUGUGUACCGGCUCCUCCCCUCCAGUCUUGCACAGGUGUCCCGGCUCCUCCCCUCCAGUCUUGCACAUGUGUACCGGCUCCUCCCCUCCAGUCUUGCACAGGUGUCCCAGCUCCUCCUCUUCAGUCUUGCACAGGUGUACCGGCUCCUCCCCUCCAGUCUUGCACAGGUGUACCGGCUCCUCCCCUUCAGUCUUGCACAGGUGUACCGGAUCCUCCUCUUCAGUCUUGCACAGGUGUACCGGCUCCUCCCCUCCAGUCUUGCACAGGUGUACCGGCUCCUCCCCUCCAGUCUUGCACAGGUGUACCGGCUCCUCCCCUUCAGUCUUGCACAGGGGUACCGGCUCCUCCCCUCCAGUCUUGCGCAGGUGUACCGGCUCCUCUCCUGGACUGGAAUGGCUUCCUCUGAUGUCACCGCACACUGGGAGCUUCUCACAAUGUGCAUUAGAAGCUGCAGAAAGUCAGAGAGAGCUCCACCUCAUUUCCUGGCUGGAGGACGUCCAGCA